AGUCCAGGCUCGGGGUCACUGACCCUACGACUGGCUAGACAUGGCGUCUUGCUUGUUAGCUGGUGAGCGACUGAUACGCGCUUUGGGUCCCGGCGGGGAGCUCGAGCCAGAGCAGCUGCCGCGGAAGCUGAGGGCAGAGCUUGAGGCCGCACUAGGGAAGAAGCACAAGGAAUGUCAGCCGGGUGGCACCGAACGCCUGAUUUCCUUCCACCUGAUCCGGGCUCUGCACCAGUACCUGAGAGAAAGGGAUUCCACACUAUACCUUCAUGAGCUCCUAGAAGGCAGUGAAAUCUAUUUCCCAGAGGUUGUGAAGCCUCCUCGGAACCCAGAGCUAGUUGCCCGUCUGGAGAAGAUUAAGAUACAGCUCGCCAAUGAGGAAUAUGAGCGGAUCACCCGCAAUGUCACCUGUCAGGAUUCAAGGCACGGUGGAACUCUCAGUGACCUGGGGAAGCAAGUGAGGUCAGUGAAGGCUCUGGUCAUCACCAUCUUCAACUUCAUUGUCACGGUGGCAGCUGCCUUUGUCUGCACUUACCUUGGAAGCCAAUAUAUCUUCACAGAAAUGACCUCGCGGAUACUGGCUGCAUUGAUUGUGGCCUCUGUGGUGGGUCUGGCCGAGCUGUAUGUCAUGGUACGGGCAAUGGAAGGCGAGUUGGGAGAGCUCUAACUGCACUUCAUCAUCAAAGUCUAAGGAUUCCAGGCUUCCAGCUGCCAAUCAUUGAUUCUCAGUCAACCCAUCAGGCUCUCUGUACUCAGCUCUGGUUAGUCAGAGGGCUGAACCAAAUCCACCUGCUGUUCCUGUGGGGCACCCCAUCCUGUGUCAGUUUACAGAGGGGGCAGUAGAGGAGACUCAGACAACAAUUGAAAAGACCUGGUCUCUCGAUAUGUUCUCCUCAACCUGGUGCCCAUCUGCCUUCUCCAGUCCAUUCUGAGCAUUGCUGGGACAGGGGUCUUUUUCCAUUGGGAGUACAGAGAAUCCAGGCCUUUUCAAAAGUAGACCAUACUGCCUUGAACUUGCCCAGGUUCACAAAUCAGUGGUCAUCCUUGCUGCACACAUCUUGAUGCAGACCUAAAAUUGAGAUCAGAAGACUCCAAGAAAGCGGAAGGGAUUCCCUUUCUCCAGUUUGUGCUGGAAGAGGAACUGAUCAGAGGACGUCAAAUAGGAGAAAGAUGGUUGGUACACAAUGGUGGAAUUGGAAGCAAGGCAGCUACCUUUUUUAAUUAGUUUCUGUCUUCAUCCUCUUCCUUCUGCUUGCCUUGUUCGUAUUUUCUGUAGCUUCUGCCUGUCUCACCACUCACUACCCCUUCUGAAACUUUCCACCUUCCCGUCACCUUUUGCUUUCAAAAAUGAAAAUGAUUCAGAUGGCAAAACAGUGUGCCUGCUUUUAGUUGCGAAAUCCCUUGUGCAUGUUUGUGUUUGUGGGGAGAGUAUGUCUUCUGUGGAUUGUAUCAACCAAUAAAGGGAGACGUUCUCUGUAGACAAGGGACUGUUUUUAGAUUUAACUAUAUGUGUAGCUAUAUAUAUACGAAUGUGAAUAUACACAUCACAUAUAUAUACAUAUUAUAUGUAAGCUUAAUACAGGUUAUUUUGUGUAGAUUCUUCAACACGUUUGGGUGAGUAUGAAAAAUAGUGUGUAAAAGUUCUCAGUUGACUAACUGUUUUACGUGAUUGCUUUUGGUGUUCACAGUAAUCCCAGAGGUUGGAAAAGGAAAUGGUUUUAGGCCCCUUUUCCAGAAGACAAAACUGAGGCUGAGAAAGAUCAAAUGACCAGCUGAGGUCCUUCCUCUGUUAAAUAGAGCCAAAGACUUUUAGGUUGCCCUGAAGUCUCUGUGUAAUGUUAAACUUAUAAGAAUUUAGAUUAGUGGUGUGCUGAUAGAAUCUGUAUAAGGCACUUAAAAAUGAUAUCAGCAUUAUUUAUCCAAUAAAUAUUUGUUGUACCCAG